GUAUUUCCAUACUGGCUGGGGUCUAGGUAACGAGAAAAAAUGAAUAAACAAAAUAUAUAAAAUCAAAAAUCUUGGACAAUAAGCGCUAAAUAAAAAAGAAUGCUUAAUAUUAAAUGACAAUUAUUCUUCAUACUAUUUCGCUGAAACCGAACAAUAAUUAACAGGUCUAAUACUUGCUAGAUGCUUAUUAUAAAAGAUUUAGAACAAACAAAAUUAUUAAAAAGACUUGAAGUACAAUGAAUCUAUUAUAAUGGACAUGGAUGACAUAGUAAAAAAGCAACGCAAAUCAAGUCACCGAAUAAAACACUGAUAUGAUACACUUGAUAAGAUUCAAGAAAGGAGGAACAAGAAGGCAGCAAUCAAUACCAGUCGAACAAGAGCAGAAAAAGCCAAGGCACAAGCUGAAUACACAGAAAUAAACAAACAAGUGAAGAGGAGCAUCAGAACCGACAAACGUAAAUAUGUGGAAGAUUUAGCAACGACGGCGGAAAAGGCUGCAAGAGAAGGAAACAUGAAACAACUGUAUGAGACAAAGAAACUCUCUGGAAAUCGCUGCAAACCAGAACGACCAGUGAAAAGCAAGCAAGGCGAGGUAAUCACCAACAUUGAAGAGCAACAAAACAGGUGGGUAGAACACUUCAAACAACUCUUAAAUCGACCAGCCCUACUGAACUCACCCAAUAUCGAAGCAGCACCCACGGAUCACACAAUCAGUGUUGGCCCAUCAACAAUUGAAGAAAUCAGCAUGGACAUCAGACAAAUCAAGAGUAGCAAAGCAGCAGGACCAGACAACAUUCAAGCAGAGGCAUUGAAAGCAGAAGUAGCGGCAACUGCAAGGAUACUCCACAUUCUCUUCAAUAAGAUUUGGGAUGAGGAACAAGUACCAAAAGACUGGGAAGAAGGACUUCUGAUCAAAAUACCAAAGAAGGGCGAUCUCAGCAAGUGUGAUAACUACACGGGCAUCACUCUUCUCUCAAUACCGGGAAAGUCUUCAACAGGGUAUUGUUAAACAGGAUGAAGGACUGCGUAGACGCCCAACUUCGUGACCAACAGGCAGGAUUCCGUAAGGAUAGAUCGUGUACAGACCAAAUCGCAACUCUACGAAUCAUUGUGGAACAAUCAAUUGAAUGGAAUUCAUCACUCUACAUCAACUUCAUUGACUACGAAAAAGCAUUUGACAGCGUGGACAGAACAACACUAUGGAAGCUUCUUCGACACUACGAUGUGCCUCAGAAGAUAGUCAAUAUCAUGCAGAAUUCAUAUGGUGGAUUACACUGCAAAAUCGUGCAUGGAGGACAGUUGACAAAGUCGUUCGAAGUAAAGACUGAUGUCAGGCAAGGUUGCUUACUCUCACCCUUUCUCUUUCUUCUGGUGAUCGACUGGAUCAUGAAGACGUCAACAUCUGAAGGGAAGCAUGGGAUACAAUGGACAUCUAGAAUGCAGUUGGACGAUCUAGACUUCGCAGAUGAUCUGGCCCUCCUAUCAACGACCAGUGUAGCAACAGCCUCAGCAGCAGUAGGUCUCAAUAUACACAAAGGGAAAAGCAAGAUUCUCCGAUACAACACAGCAUGCACCAAUCUAAUCACAAUUGACGGAGAAGAUCUGGAAGAUGUAAAAACCUUUACAUAUUUGGGCAGCAUCAUUGAUGAACAGGGUGGAUCUGAUGCAGAUGUGAAGGCGCGGAACAGCAAAGCAAGAGCAGCAUAUUUACAACUGAAGUACAUCUGGAACUCAAAACAACUGUCAACCAACACCAAGGUCGGGAUUUUCAAUACAAAUGUCAAGACAGUUCUACUGUAUGGGGCAGAAACCUGGAGAACUACGGAAUCCAUCAUCCAGAAAAUACAGGUGUUUAUUAACAAUUGUCUACGCAAAAUACUUCAGAUCCAUUGGCCGGACACUAUUAGCAACAACGUACUGUGGGAGAGGACAAACCAGAUCCCAGUGGAGGAAGAAAUCAGGAAGAAGCGCUGGAAGUGGAUAGGACACAGAUUGAGGAAAGCACCCAAUUGUGUCACGAGACAAACCCUCACAUGGAAUACUGAAGGUUAAAGUAAAAGAGGAAGACCAAAGAACACAUUACUCCGAGAAAUGGAGAUAGACAUGAGAAAAAUGAACAAGAAUUGGAUGGAACUAGAAAAGAAGGCCCAGGACAGAGUGGGUUGGAGAAUGCUGGUCGGCGGCCUAUGCUCCAUUGGGAGUAACAGGCGUAAGUAAGUAAGUAAGUAAGUAAUGAGUAUAUAUAUUCUAACCUAUGUUGACAAAGUGAGAUGUUUUUUACUAAGCUGAUUCGAGAAAAAACAUCAACACCCAUGUAGGGACUAAAAUAGCAGAAUUAAGUUAAAACGUAAGGAAAUUACACUACCAAGUUUAUUCUUUCAUACAUAAUAACAUGAAAAGUUAUAUUUAAAUAAAUAAAUAUAACGAUGAGAAAAGAAAUUAAAACGACUAUAAUACAAG